GGGGCAGCAUGGGCCCUGUGGGCAAACAGAGCCCCUCAUCCGUGCCAGCCCCCACGGGAGGGACUUGCCUCCUCCUCCUCUUCUGCCUGCGCCUGGGCACCUCCUGUCCGCAGAGCUGCGAGUGCCCUGACCACGAAGGGGCAGUGGCCGUCCACUGCAGCGAGAGCGGCCUGCAGGAGGUCCCCAAGGACAUCCCCGCCAACGCUGUGCUCCUGAAGCUCGAUGCCAACAAAAUUGCCCGCGUCCCCGACGGAGCCUUCCAGCACCUGAGCCAGCUGAGAGAGCUGGACCUGUCCCGGAACGCCAUCGAGACCGUCGGGCCCGCCGCCUUCUCCGGCCUGGCUGGGGGCCUGCGGCUGCUGGACCUGUCCCACAAUCGCAUCCGCAGAAUUCCCAAGGACGCCCUGGGCAGGCUCAGUGCCAAGAUCCGCCUGUCCCACAACCCCCUGCACUGCGAGUGUGCCCUGCAGGAGGCCCUGUGGGAGCUGAAGCUGGACCCCGACUCGGUGGACGAGAUCGCCUGCCACACCUCAGUGCAGGAGGAGUACGUGGGGAAGCCGCUGAUCCAGGCCCUUGACGCCGGCGUCAGCUUCUGCAGCACCCACCACAAGACCACCGAUGUGGCCAUGCUGGUCACCAUGUUCGGCUGGUUCGCCAUGGUGAUCACCUACGUCGUGUACUACGUGCGCCAGAACCAGGAGGAUGCCAGGAGGCACCUGGAGUACCUGAAGUCGCUGCCCAGCACCCCCGUGUCCAAGGACCUGCUCGGCCCCGAGCCCUAG